UGAAUGGGAGGGACUGCAUCCCCCUCCUUCGGGAGGGUAUCCUUUCGCAAUUUCAGGCAGUUGUGGAAUUCUUUUCUUUAUAAAAGGCCUUUUUAAUCUAACAAAGCAGCUGUGUUCCCGCGGCCGGUGCUCCACCAGGGCGGAGAGCAAGGGCUGCCGAACAUGCAGGCGGUCUGAAGAUGCACUCUCCGGAGUCCAGUGGAUGAAGCCAUCCUCGAAGGUUUCGCAGCCGCACGUGAGCUUCCCAGGUGCCCGGGCUCCAGCAGCUCCAGGUGGGGCCAGCAGGUGCGCAGACCCGGCAGGCUGCAUGCAGAUGUGCCAGCCACCCGCAGGGAGACAGGCCUCGCCCAGCCCGCGCCGAAACGCCUCCGGAGAAGCAGGUCCCUAACGGAGCGCCGUACCGCGGGGCGAGCGCGCGGCCGACAUGGGCGAGACCAUGUCCAAGAGGCUGCGGCUGCACUUGGGCGAGCCGGAGAUGGAGGAGCGGGCGUUCCCCAACCCCUUCCCCGACUACGACGCGGCCGCUGCCACCGCUGGGCUCGCAGCGGGAGCUGUGGAGGAGCCUGGCGCGCGACCCCCGCCGCCGGCCAACGACCUGAGCCUCCCUUUCCACGCAGACGGGAAGAUCAUUCACAACUUCAUAAGACGCAUCCAGACCAAAAUCAAAGACCUUUUACAGCAAAUGGAGGAGGGGCUGAAGACAGCUGACCCUCACGACUGCUCUGCCUACACUGGUUGGACAGGCAUAGCACUUCUGUACCUGCAGCUGUACCGGGUCACUGGUGACCAGACCUACCUACUCCGAUCCCUGGACUAUGUAAAGAGAACACUCCGAAAUCUGAGUGGUCGCAGAGUCACUUUCCUCUGUGGAGAUGCUGGGCCCCUUGCAGUGGGAGCUGUGAUAUAUCACAAACUCAAGAGUGAAUGUGAGUCCCAGGAGUGCAUCACAAAACUUCUACAGAUGCAUAGAACUGUUAUCUGUCAAGAGUCAGAGCUUCCUGACGAGCUGCUUUACGGACGAGCCGGUUAUCUGUAUGCCUUGCUAUACCUGAACACAGAGAUUGGCCCAGGCACUGUGUGUGAAAAAGCUAUUAAAGAGGUAGUCACUGCUAUUAUUGAGUCAGGUAAGAACUUGUCAAGGGAAGAAAGGAAGACGGAGCGCUGCCCCCUGUUGUAUCAGUGGCACAGGAAGCAGUACGUUGGAGCAGCCCAUGGUAUGGCUGGGAUCUACUACAUGUUAAUGCAGCCAGAAGCAAAAGUGGAUCAAGAAACCUUAACAGAAAUGGUGAAACCUAGCAUCGAUUAUGUGCGCCACAAAAGAUUCCGAUCUGGAAAUUACCCAUCUUCAUUGAGCAAUGAGACAGACCGGCUGGUGCACUGGUGUCAUGGUGCUCCCGGGGUCAUCCACAUGCUCAUGCAGGCACAUCAGGUUUUUAAGGAGGAAAAAUACUUGAAAGAGGCUAUGGAGUGCAGUGAUGUGAUUUGGCAGCGAGGUCUGCUCCGGAAAGGCUAUGGGAUCUGCCACGGGACCUCUGGGAAUGGCUAUUCUUUCCUGUCCCUUUACCAUCUUACACAAGAUAAAAAGUACCUGUAUCGCGCUUGUAAGUUUGCAGAGUGGUGUCUAGAUUAUGGAGCUCAUGGGUGCCGCAUUCCAGACAGACCCUACUCCCUCUUUGAAGGCAUGGCUGGUGCUGUUCAUUUUCUGUCCGACAUCCUGGUACCAGAGACAUCACGAUUUCCAGCAUUUGAACUUGGCUCUUUGCAGAGGGAUUAAAAAGGUGCAAAAAGACAACUAAAAUACUCGUUGGACCAAAAGCCACCUGAUUGUUUAGUGCUUGACAGAGAACCAACUGUGAAUCCUGAAAGAGGGAAAAAAUUAAAAUGCAAACACCUUCACAGGCCCCUUUUGUUGCAAAAAUCCACAAGUUACAGCAUGAGUGAUAGAAACCACCCAUCAGCACCCUGUGUCCCGUGCUCCCCACAGUGGUGUGAAGUGUGAACUCCCUGCAGUGUGCAUGCUUCUUGGUGCUUGUCUGUAGGUGUAAAGUGCUCUAGAUAGAAAAGUCCCAUGAACUCUGAGCUGAGCAUGUGUGUCUGGUGACAGCCCUACCUUUUGUAUAUAAACAUCUAAAAUGGAGUGUCAUGUGUAUUGACAGAAACAACUGUGUGAUUUCGCUCUAGAACAUCAGAUAGGGUCUGGAUAGCCUAUGGGAAUAGGGUGUGACAUUUCCAUGUUCAGAAAGCAGGAGGGGGCCUUGGACAGCCAGCAUUUGCUACAGCUCUAGGGGAAGGUGCAGGGGGCACUGCCUUUGUGUCUUCUGUUCACCAGUGUUUUUAAGAUUCCCCGGGGCUCACUGUAGCUCCACUGAGGCUCCCCUUUCUCCGCAGAGUUUUCAGGCACUAAAUUCAGAGGGCUCCUUGCAAUCCAGGGCAGCCACUGUUCAUGAUGACAAGAAUAAUCUUUAGUGGCUACAUAUAGGUGUUAAUGACUGUGUUAACCAUUCUAGGACAUUCACCCAGAUGUAGAUUAUUAAAACAGACUCCACCCUGAUUUUACCAAUAUAACGAACUAUUACCACAAAAAAGUAGAGUAGAUAUAAUACCAGAUGGAAUCAUCCUUAUCCCUUCAAAAAAUGUAUUUCAGAAUUUUAGUAAACUGAAGUCUAAAUUUGAAGUGAAUACAUCUGUAUUUUCAUCCAAUUGUGGGUGAUAAAAAUAAAAUUCUAGGCUGCAUUUAUACAUAUAGGGAACAAAAUAUUCUAACCCGAAGACAGUUAUCAUCUGGGUGAUGUUAACUAUUUGUAGGGGCAUUAAUCUUGAUUAGCAUCCCACAGUGAUCCUGUCACAUAAGUUUCAGGGUUUGUUGUUUUGAUGGUAUAAGGAGUCUAGAUUCCAUAAGCACUUCCCUUCCUACAAGGUAAUGUGCGACCCAAAAGAUAAGGCAGGACUGUAUCAUGUCUAGACCUCACUUCAGAGGACUCUCUAAAUAUCAGCCCUCAUUUUCCACUUCUUUAUGAAGUAGAAAGAUUGAGACAAUUUAAAAGAGCCAUCUUCAUGCAUGUAAGUUUUUAAGAGUGUUGAACCUUGCUUGUGGGUCUGGCGCCCUGAACACCCGAUCUCCAUUUGCCUCCUGAGGCCCUUCACCUGCAGGUACUCUUCAUUGUAAGUCCUGAUCACUCUCUUUACCUUAUGUUGAUGACUUCUCUGUUUAUAAAUCCUCAAGACUGCUUUACCUGACUGCCUGAGCUUGAUGAUGGGCUUCUCUGGGCAUCAGGUACCCCGUUACUAAAGGCAACAUAAACCAUCAUAAACAGACUGAGGGCCAGUUUGGCAGAAGACCUCAUGUGCUAUGUAGUCUCAUCCAAACAACACUUUUCCCAUCCUCCCUUCCCACUUUAUCAAAAAUAAUACAUUACCGAGCUUGUCUUUGAGAUUCUGCUGGUUUAAUUUCUUGGCAGAAGGCCCUGGGGCUGUCUAGCAAGCCCUUAUCUACACAGAGGCGGCAGUUUGUGGAGCCCUGGUUUUGGCCAAAGGCCUUCAGAGCAGCAGCAGCGGUGGUGACCUCCCCCUGUCUCCUCCCCCCCACCCCACACCCCAUCUGUUCAUUCCUGCAUGUUAGACAAAUGUAGUGUCUUUCUUACCAGCACUCUGAGGGAAUGAUAAAUACCCAUAGACUAAAUGGAGACAAUUAUUUAUAGAUUUCUUUUUAAAGCCAGGAGGCUUGACACCUUCCUACUUACCCACUAGGUAUUAACAUACAUGCAGCUCUGUGAUUCUCCAUUGAUCCUGUCCUUACUUCUGCUACCUGGGCUGCUGUAGAAAAGCUGCCACCCACAUCCCUCAAGGCAGAGGAGAGAUGCCACGCGCUGCCCAGGACUGAGGGCUCAUCUACGGUCAUAGUAGUUAUACAUGUUUGAAGCUGAGUUUAAGAACAUCUCACUUUUAUUUCUAAAGUUUGUUUGUGUUCAUAACUGUAUUCUCCUAAAUAUGUUUUAAAACUUUUAAAAUAUGUACACGCAAAACACCAUUUUGAAAUCUGGAGGAAAAACUUAACGUCUACACAAGGUGUGAGAUAUUCUUUGGCUUUGUUAAUAAAAGACAGUUCUGUGGUGACUUAUGAA